UAUUUUAUAUAUAAUUUUUAAUUUUUAUCGAUAUGUCAACCGCGUUCGUGAGUUUUCUUAUCUUCUUCACCAUCAUCACAAGCUUCCUCGCAACUCUAACAAAAUUAGCGGCCUCUUCACCAGUUCUUCAUUCAGAUGAAUGAGAUAGGUACUACACUUGGUAUCAAGAGACUGGACCUAAAAUCUGGAGACCCUUGCCAUUUGAAAACUCUACUGUUCAUAAAAGAAGUUGAUUAUGUUUGGAAUGAUGAUAUAAACAACACCAUUAUUUGUCAUUGUAACGACACGACAUGUCCUAUUACAGAUUUAUUUCUCAAGACAAUGAGUCUUCCUGGGAAACUUCCGCCUCAGUUAGCGAAGCUUCGAUAUCUCCAAUCAAUAGACUUGUGCCGAAACUACCUUUCGGGCUCAAUCCCAAUGGAGUGGGCUUUAAUGCCAAACCUUACUUUCAUCUCGCUCUGCGCUAAUAAUUUGUCAGGGCCUUUACCAACUGGUUUACAACACUUCAAGAAUCUGACAUUCCUAGGGGUUGAAGCAAACCAGUUCUCUGGUCCGAUCCCUGACGAGCUUGGUGACUUGACCAGCCUAAUCGGAUUAGAACUUGCGUCCAAUCAUUUUACAGGAAGCCUCCCUAUCACUCUCGCGAAACUAGUAAACCUUGAAAGAGUUAGGAUUGGUGACAACAACUUUAGUGGAAUCAUCCCAGCAUAUAUUGGCAACUGGUCUCGGCUUAAGAAGCUACAUAUUGACGCAAGUGGAUUGAAAGGACCUCUUCCUAACGCAGUGGCCCGCCUAGAAAAUCUUACCGAACUGAGUAUUACUGAUACGACUGGGAUAACCUCCUUUCCGAUUAUAUCUAGUAAAGUCAUCAAACACCUGAUUUUGAGGAAUGUGAGUAUGUCUGGUUCAAUUCUUCCUUACAUAUGGGGUUUGCCAGACCUAAAGACUCUUGAUUUAUCAUUUAACAAGUUGACUGGUGAAGUUGAAGGAGUAGAAAAUGUACCAGCAUAUACCUAUUUGACUGGCAAUAUGUUAUCUGGAAACAUUGAAUCUGGUGCUUUACUCAACGGAAAAUCUUAUGUUGAUCUCUCUUAUAACAAUUUCACAUGGUCGUCUAAGUGCCAGCAAAAGAGGAACAUUAACACAUACCGGAGCUCAUAUUUGAAGAAGAAUUUAACUGGGCUUCUUCCAUGCUCUAAUCAGCGAUUCCUACAUAUAAAUUGUGGUGGAGAAAGUGUGGAUAUUACGAACUCUUUGGGUAAAAUCACUUAUCAGGCUGAUAAUGACAGUACAAUCAGUGCCGCAGCAAAUCAGCACUCGAAAAACUGGGGAAUUAGUAACACAGGUGACUUUCCUGAUGAUGGAAGCGAUGCUGAUACCUACACUACUUGGACUGCAGAUGCUACCGGUCUUUAUAAGAGUGCACGCCGAUCUGCUCUCUCUCUAACUUAUUAUACAUUCUGCUUAGAAAAUGGAGCCUACAAUGUGAGCCUUUAUUUUAUGGAGAUUCAGUUUUCAGAAAAAGAACCAUACACUCGUGUCGGUAGGCGCAUAUUUGAUGUUUAUGUUCAGGGAGUAUUGUUUUUGAAAGAUUUUAACAUCAAAGAAGAGGCUAAUGGGACUCUGAAGUCUGUUAUCAAAACAAUGAAUGCGACUGUGAACGAUCAUGUGUUAGAGAUUCAGUUGUACUGGGCGGGGAAAGGGACAACCCUCAUUCCUAAAAGAGGAAAUUAUGGUCCUCUUAUCUCUGCAAUCUCCUUGUCUGGAGCCACGAUGUGGAGGGGAGACAAUAACACAAGAGAACGAGACCUGAGAGCCGAGGGUCUGCAAACGGUUUGCUUUACUUGGAGGCAACUGCAAGCUGCAACAAACAAUUUUGAUGAAGCUAACAAACUUGGAGAAGGAGGUUUCGGAUCCGUAUUCAAAGGAGAGCUGCCGGAUGGAACGAUCAUAGCAGUGAAGCAGCUUUCUGCCAAGUCAUGCCAAGGAAACAGAGAGUUUGUGAAUGAGAUAGGAAUGAUCUCUGGUCUGAACCAUCCAAACCUUGUCAAGCUUCAUGGAUGCUGUGUCGAGAAGAAUGAACUGCUGCUCGUCUAUGAGUACAUGGAAAAUAACUCCCUUGCUCUUGCGCUCUCUGGAAAGAGCUCACUGAAACUGAACUGGGAAGCGAGACAAAAAAUCUGUGUUGGAAUCGCAAGAGGGCUUGAAUUCCUCCACGAAGGAUCGGGGAUCCGAAUGGUUCACCGUGACAUUAAAACCCCAAAUGUGCUUCUAGAUGCUAACCUUAAUGCAAAGAUAUCUGACUUUGGAUUGGCUAGGCUCCACGAAGAAGAACACACUCACAUUAGCACCAAAAUUGCAGGAACCAUUGGAUAUAUGGCUCCGGAAUAUGCGUUAUGGGGUCAAUUAACAGAGAAAGCAGAUGUGUACAGCUUCGGUGUUGUGGCAAUGGAAAUUGUUAGCGGGAAGAAGAAUACUAAACAGAAGGGAAGUGCUGAGCACGUCUCCCUUAUCAAUUGGGCCCUGACGCUGCAACAGACAGGGGACAUAAUGGAGAUCGUAGAUCCAAUGCUCGAAGGUGAUUUUAACGGAAAAGAAGCAGUAAGGAUGAUCAAAGUUGCUCUCCUUUGCACACAUUCAUCUCCUUCCUCAAGGCCUACAAUGUCAGAGGCUGUGCAAAUGCUCGAGGGAGAGAUGGAAGUACCACAGGUUAUGUCGGAUCCUGGUUUAUACGGACACGGCUGGAGCAUCUCAAAGCUGAAGGACACUGAUACAAAUGGAAGCUCGAGCACGUCUGGUGUGACCGAUCAAACAACAGCAACAACAAUGAAAUCCUCUGUUUCUGGUAGUGAUCUCUACCCAACGUACCCUGAAUCUGUGAUCCUUGAGUAGAUACAACAAUGAAAUCCUCUGUUUCUGGUAGACUCCACAGUAGAGUAUCCUUCCUCGUCACAGUAAUACCAAAAGAUGUGCACAGCUCCUUAUCUCUUAAGAGAAAAUAAAGGUUUGUGAAGUUAUAUAUAGGUAGCUACAAAGUUAUAUCACAUUAAUGUUGUCUGAAAUCUUAAUUCACACAUAUCUCUAUGAAUGUAUGUCAAACUCGAAUUUUAUAUUGUUAUGAAAAUGUCUGAAUCAAACUUUUUUUCUUAUAACUUUUCCAAAAUCAUUUAC